AUGCCAUUAUCUGCUGUCGCUGCUGGUGCACUAUGUUUCAUCACCAUGAUCAGUUGUGUACCAGCUGACAGUUUCAUUAGCCAGACCGGUGUAGAACGCGACGUAGUUGCCGCAAGAACACGAAAUGGUAAAUGUAAUUAUGAUAUAGAUGAAAAGGCACUUAUUCACCAAGGCUAUUAUAAGAAAGUAUUUGAAGAUAAUUUUAAUACCAAUCUUCAUAAUUGGAAAAUCUGGACUGGUGGAGCGUACAACCAAGAACUUCAAUAUUAUCAGUCAUCUAAUUUAAAAGUACAAAAUGGUAAACUCGUAAUUACAGCAAGAAAAGAAACAGUUAAAGGCGCUACUGUACCAUCUAACCCACAGUUGAAAACAUUUAAUUAUACAUCAGGAAGAAUCGAAUCUAAAACCUAUUUUACACCAACUAAAUCCUUCUCAAAAGUACGAAUCAGUGCACGUAUUAAACUACCUUCUGGUUAUGGUAUGUGGCCAGCAUUUUGGACCUAUAAUGAUCCAUGGCCAACAAAAGGCGAAAUUGAUAUUAUUGAAGCGCAGGGUCAAUAUCCAUUUCAAUACACAACAAAUUAUUUUUAUGGUAGCCAACCUAACAUACCGCAAACGGAUGCAACUAAAAUCACUUCUCUCAUUACUUCAAAUGUGAGUCUUACAAAAUGUUAUCACGUGUAUGAAGUGAUAUGGACAAAACAGAGUCUAAUAUAUUUACUAGAUGGAAAAAUAAUAAAUAAAAAAUCGGCCAGCACGCCUGCAAACAAAUACAUUCCCAGUUUAUUUGGAAAACUUCAACGGAUUACUUUGAAUGUGGCGGUAGGAGGUAAUUAUUUCGUGAAUUUAGAUCCAUCAAAAAUACAUCCUGAUGCCAUGUAUGUCGAUUGGAUUAAAGUAUUUACAUGA